AUGGCCCCAAAGAGAAAAAGAACCAUCGAAGACGAAGAGGAAGAAUACCAACCCGAAGAUGCCGUGGAAGUCAUCGGAAGUGAUGACGAUGAUGAAGACGAAUUUAUGGAAAAUGUCGUUGAUGAUGAUGAUGACGAUACUGAAUUCAAAGAAAAAGCCCCAAAAAAGAAAAAGAAGGAUGAAGAUGAGGAUGAAGAAGAAACGGAUGGAAAAAAGAAAAAGAAAUCAAGCAAAAAGUCAUCUACAAAGGAAAAGAAGGAAACAAAGAAAAAAGCAUCUUCCUCCGAUAAAGAUUCCAAGAAAAAGGCAUCAGGUGGUAAAAAGGGAAGUACCUCAUCAGGGCCAAAGAAGAAAGAUCUCACAAUCAAGGAUGAAAGUGAAGCAAGAAAGGUCGUGUUAGACCUCUUCAAGAAAGCAAAUCGUCCCUUUAACUUGCAAAAUGUGAUUGAUCAAUCGAAAGGACAAUUGAAAAAGGCCAUGGCCACUAAGUGUGUGGAUAAAUUAGAAAGCAAAGGAGAAUUGAGUGUGAAAGUGAAUGGAAAAACAAAAAUUUGGUGGAUUAAUCAGGAUAAUUUGGAAGUAUUGAGCAAGGAAGAAUUGAAAGAGAUUGAUAAUGAAAUCAAAGAAUUGCAACAAGAGUUAGCAGGUAUUAGAUCCGAGAUUGCACAAGAUAACAACACCAAGGCCAAAUUGCUAAAGGCUCCAACAACCGAUGAGUUACCGAAUAUUAUCAUGAAAGAACGUGCUGAGCUAGAGCAAAAGAAGAAAAAGCUAGAGUCACUUCAAUCUGGUUCAAUCAAAUUAUGUACCAUUGAAGAGAAAAAAGAAGCUCUGAAACAUUUAGAGAAAUACUUAAAGGAAUGGAAAUCGAGGAAGAGAUUGACCAUGAAUAUCGUGGACACAAUCUGCGAGCUCACUGAAAAGACUCGAUCUGCCUUUAUUGAAGAAUCAGGUAUCGACACGGACGAAAUGGUUGGUCAAAAUAUUGAUGAAAUUGGCAAAUUGCAUUGA